GGGCGGCGGCGCGGGCGGCGGCGCCGGGGCGGGCAUGGGCGACUUCUACAAGCUGCUCAACGACCCCGAGAUCCUCACCGCUUUCCAGGACCCAGAAGUAGCUGCAGCUUUCCAAGAUAUUUCUGCAAAUCCUGCCAACAUCAUCAAGUACCAGAGCAACCCAAAGGUGGCAACGGUCAUCAACAAAUUGGCUUCCAAAUUUGGAGGCAUGGGUGGAGGGAUGGGUGGGCUAGGGGGCUUGGGAGGAAUGGGGGGUUUCCCAGGUGGUUUCCCAGGGGGUGGUUUUGGUGCUGCUCCCCCUGGCUCUGCCCCAGCCUCUGGUGGGGACGACGUGGGAUUGGAUUAGGUUACAGGUGAGCUGAACUACAUCAUAAACUUCCAUUGUUACAAUACCAUCAAAAUACUCCCUCUCAAGAUUGAUACUUUCUUCAACUGAUUUUUUAUAGCUUGUUAUGUUGCCUAUGUGAUGUAGAAGUUACAAAUAUGUGCUGUCAAUGAUUUGUGACAUUGUGUGGAGAAAUUAUUGUAUUUCUGCAGCAAAAAAGUUGACAUUUUGAUAAAUAAAAAUGCUUGUAUAGGGUCCUGAUGUGGAAAUAGUUAUUUGCUGGAAAUAACAUUGAAGUACAGUGGUAAACUUUACUAAUAGUUUUACAGGUUUCAGUGAAAUCCCCCUCUAUACUUAUAAAGUAACAGAUUUUAAAGUCUAAUGUAGUUAUAUGACUAGUGCAUUAUAAUUGGUUAUGCUAGUGUAAAUUCAAACUAAUUUCUAUUUCCAUCGUUUAACGUUUGAUAUAGUUAGGUUGACAUGUGUUGUUGUGCUAGUAUAAAUCCAAACAAUUUCCUUUCUCUACAGGUAAUGGUUAUUAAUGACGUACCACAUAAUCAUAGAGAGAUCUCAUUGUACUAGCAAAUUAAAAAUGCAUGCAAAUGGAUGGGUUAUGCACAAUCUGUGUUAUACAGCAGGCACUGCCAUAAUAAUAAACAGACAUUAUAAUUGGACAAACUUAUGUUUAAUAAUAAUUUAUAAUAUCAUUACAAAUAACUGAUUUCCUUUUAAAACUUCCUGUCUGAAUUCAUGAGUCUCCUAACACUGGUCAACGUAAAAAUGCACUGAGACUAUAGGUUGAACAUAUACAUUAUUUAAAUUAAACGUUUUCAUAAUAUGAUUCCAAAUCUACUUUGUCAGCUCUUGUAUAGAGUUUUGUUUGUUUCUACGUCCAUUAGUGAUUAUCAGAAACCCAAGUUAUUAUUAUUGUAAAUUGUUAUAAUUCAGCAUUUGAUGUUAUGACUUGGUGUCCUAUCAUUGACACUGUGCUACAAUGUGAGUUAGUAGUUCAGACAUUAUAAAUUAGAUCCAAAAUUGGAGGAGUUGCACAAUUAUUUUGCUUGCACAGCAUGACAUCACAUGUGUACUGGUGUAAUAUCUCAUUAACAUAUGAAAAUUUACUUUAUUAUAAUCUAAUCUUUAACUUGCAUCACUUGUGGUAUACUAUUUGCUGAUGGUAAAUUCUUAAAGAAAUUUCAUCUGGCAGUGAUUCCAAGAGUUGGUGCCUAUUAUUCUGUUUACAAAAAGUUGCUCUGUCUUCAGUACACUGCUGUUCACCACACAUGCAAUUUUUAUUCAAAAUAUAAAAUUGUACAUUGUAUAAACAUUGUUUAUUAGGAGCCAGUUUUCAAGAGAAUAUUAGUACUGUGUACCUAGUGAUGGAUCCCAAAAGAGGAGGGAGGGUAAAAUGGAACGUACCUUCCCUCUCCCAAAUUGGGAUAAAACAAUGAUCGUAAAAAAAUGCAAUAAAACAAUGAGUGAUGUAAGAAAUAUUUGUUUAGUUUUCAGUCAAAUUGUGUAUGAGCCAUAUGAAACAUGUGCUAUCACAUGGUUGAUAUUACUUCGUCUUCACAAACAUCUACUCAUCCUUGAUUCCAAGUACAUGAUUUCUAAGAAGUAGGGGUGGUGGGUGGUUACAU